AUCCCUUUUUAUUUUUUGAGACAGGGUCUUGCUAAGUUGCCCAGGCUGACCUCCAACUCGUGAUUCUCCUGCCUCAGCUUCCUGAGUUGCUGGGAUUACAGGUGUGCAACACCACACCCAACUGAACAUUUUUGUGUUAAGUGCUUGUUUUUCUUACCACAUGAUGACCUGUGAAGUACAGAAGCACUUACUGAUCUGGUUUAUCUGAGGAUAUGAAAGAUGGCAAGUCCAGAUAGAAGUAAACGGAAAAUAUUAAAAGCCAAAAAAACAAUGCCUACAAGUUGCCGGAAGCAAGUAGAGAUCUUGAAUAAGUCUAAGAAUGUUGAAGCUCUGAGAACAGCAGAAUUUGGGAGUAAUGUUCCGAGUGGUAGUCAGAAUUUAAGUACUGGGGUUAUAACUAGCAAGUGUAAACAUUCUGAAAAUGUUGAUUCCUCACUCAAUUCUAACAAAAAUUCAGUGUUCUCACAGAAAAGUAUAGUGGUUCCUAAGAAUUUAGUAAAACCAGUAGAAGAAAUUGUUGAUUCAAAAACAAGACUGGAUCAUAUUGAUGAACAAGUUGUGUGUCAUUACCAAAAGCCAAGAAGAACAUUAGAUUCUCCCAGCAAAUUGUUUAUACAAAGGGCAGAAGAUUCCCAGAACACUUCUGAAACUCAUCUUGAAUAUCAGACAAAAGUGAAAGGAUCUUUUUUUGAACUGGAAGAUAAUUAUAAUCUAAAACCUAUUUGCUGCCCGCCCGACGUAUUGAGUCCUGUAGUUCAAAAUACCUUGAAUGAUAAGAGAAUCGAUAAGAUGGUUUCCAAUUUAGAAGCAAACUCCAAUUCAGAGUCACUUGAUAAGAGGCAAAAUGACAUUUUAAGUCUAACCUCACAAUUUCUGCCUGUUGAGAAAACAUCUUGCAUGGUAAAUUUAGUUAAUUCCUCCAGCUGUAUUGCUAACAUUUUGAAAACAGAAGAAUCCAGUAGAACCUGUCAUUCCAGCAUUUCAUAUUGUGAAAGUACAGAUUCAAAGUGGCAGUCAUUACUCGACACUGAUGGUAAUAACAUUUUGUUUAUUAGAAAGAGUGGAUUUUCAAAAUUGUUGGUGAACUCAUUUCCUUCCAUGGACUUGGCCUGUGAAUUACAUGGCCAUAAUCAAAAGAAGAGGACGCUUUCAGAAAACAAAGAAAAUGUUAAACGCAUGAAAACUUCAGAGCCAAUUAAUGAAGACAUUUGUGUAGCUCUGGAAAAGCAAACAGCAGUACUGGAACAGGUCAGACAUUUGAUUCGUCAGGAGAUCUGUAGUGUAAAUCACAAACUAUUUGAUAAAAAACUGAAAGAAUUGAACGAACGCAUUGGGAAGAUGCAGUGCAGGAAUAAGCAUGAAGCAACAGCUGAUGAACUCUUCGCAAAAAUAGCAAGACUUCAGAGACGUAUUAAAACAGUAUUAUUAUCUCAAAGGAAAGGUUUGGAACCAAACACAUUAUCUAGUAAUAUAGCCUGUAAGAUUACAAAUUCAGAGACCAUGAAUUUUGGUAGGAAUCAAGAAUCAAUUAAUAAUCCAAAUGAAAGAGUAACUUCAGUGAACUCUGAAUCUUCUAACCCCUUGAAGAAAGCAAAUGAAAACAUUAAUUUGUCACCAGAUUGUGUUGAGUUUGUUUCUGAAAGUAACAAUGAUGAUGUUAUGUUGAUUUCUGUGGAAAGUCCUAAUUUGACAACUCCAGUUACAUCAAAUCCAACAGAUAUUAGAAAAACAGCAUCAAGAAAUUUCAACAAUUCACCAAAUGCUACACCAGAAGUCAGGAGUGUAAAGAAGAAACUUGAUUUUGUUAUUGAUUUGACCAAAGAAGCCCUGUCCAACUUCAACACAGAAAUUCCAGCACCUACCCAGGAGUCACCUUCGAAAGCUGCUUUAAAUUCAAAAGAAAUAAUCCCAGUGGCAGAAAAUACAGCUGAGUUGCCUGUGUCUUAACAAAACAUUACAGUAAAAAGAGCCAUAUUCUGAAGUGCAUCUCCCUGGACGAGCUGCUCCCUGAGAGGUCCGUGUAGAACUCGGCAGCAAAGGAGGUCCUGCAGCACAGAACCAGGAGCUCGCCCCAAGUGAAUUUGUCACCCUCAGGUAGAUGGAAACUAGAUGUUCGCUGGUAAGUGAAGCCCAAAGACUUGAUGUCCUAUCAAGCUUCUGGCGCCCUUCGCCAACGUGAAACUGCAGGCCCCUGCAGCAGGCCAUCUGGAAAGUGAGGUGUGCAGGCUCCAGCAGAGAGCGUCAGGACCAGCAGGGAGGCUGGUGUGGAAGCAGACAUCUGAAUGUGAGUGGCUCAGACAGCGUUGGUAUUUUUGCUGAGGCAGGGACAAAAUUCUCAGCUGUCCGUGACACCAGAAGAUAGCCAGCCCAAGGGCAAGGAAGUCCUGCCCACCAGCACAGUCACCCCACGAGGUGCCGCCUGGGCUUGCAGAUUAGUGGGAAGCCUUUUCCUCCAUCACGUUACGGGAGGAAACACCAGCCAGCAUCAAACACGGCUCACCUGGCUCGUGGAGAGGUCUGGGCUUGGAACCAGGCAGGCAUGAUUCACAACGAUCUUGGCAUUCUGCCUCACAGUGAGGCAAUACUUCAACAAUGCAUUUUAGUACAUUUAAUAAAAUAAUGCUUUUAAUAAAUAAUACUUUUAAUAAAAUACUUUUAAUAAAUUUUAAAGAUGGGGAAGUAGGCCCAAGGAACUUAUAAGACUUUCCCAAGGUCACCAAGAUCCAAAGAGGAAGUGGGGCUGGAAUUGAAAUCUAGUUCUUGGUUCUGGGGUACAUGUGCUUCCUGUGGGGACUAGGUGGACCCAGCAGAGUGCACACCGUCCCCGCUGCCUUGGGUCUCCGUGGAAAGCCCUGGCUCACAAGGUGAACUAGGGAAGCAAACCUGUCAUUUGUCCUCAGUGAAAGGCGGGUGAGUGAAACAUGUUUUGCUGCCUGCAGCUCCUAGAGCAGACUGUAGCCACAUGAGGAAUAGGCACAGCGGGGGCAGCUCCGUGUUCGGCCAUGUGUCUGGUUGGAGUGGUGUCAGGCACGGACUGAAGAGCCGCUCUCCCGGCGAGCUCUUUACGCCUCCCUCAGGUGUACCUGGCAGGUGAGGCACGGGGGAGGGAGCACAGCCACGGGAGAAAUGAGAAGCAUUUUAUUACUCACAGGUCCACAAGAGAAGAGGGUGACCACAAGGGCCAGUGAGAGAUCCAGACUGCCAGUGCUUGGGAGUAAGAGCAAAGGACCUUUGGGCCUAACGUAUUUAACGGGGCCCAGUACAUUUACCUACGUAGGUCCCCUUGAGGGCCUCUGAUGGGUGGCUCCUUUGCUUUCUUGCUCCCCGGUCACUGGUUGAGCACCCUGUAGACUCUGCGUUUCACACUGGCCCCAUAGUCACCCCUCUUGUCUUGGGGACCUGUAAGUAAUAAAAGUGCUUCUAAUUUCUCCUGUGGCUGUGCCUCACCUGUGGGGACUAGGUGGACACAGCAGCGUGUCCCUCCGCCCAGUCAGGGCUCACCUAGAGACCAAGUCUCACGGUAAGAAUCCACGCAGGUCAGACAAGAGCCCUAGGAUGCCUGGGAGAGGGACGCUUGGUCAUGGUUUGGACACUGCCAGUCAGCUCCUGGUUGCUAUGACAGAAUGCUUAAAACUUUGAGACAACGUCACUCUUUCCUUUUUUACAGUUUUGAGGGUUUUUGUCCAUGGUCCUUCUCCACUGUUUUGGGCCUAUGACAAGACGUCAUUAUGGUGGAAGCACAUGGCAGAGGACACUGCUCACCACAUGGGCCCCGCUGUCCCCUUCCUGUCACUAUCAGCGACCUCACUUCCUUCAAUAGGGCACAUCUCCUAAAGGUUCCCCCACUUCCCAGUAGCGCAUGGGUUGGGGACCAGGCCUUCAGGGACGGGACAUUCCAGAUCUAAACAGUGCAGACAUUCAGGCACCAGGCUGUCCCGAGGAGGAAGCCAUUUCCUGUGCACGGCACCUCUGUGGGCCGCUGAGGCCAGGCCUGGGGUUUAGCCACUCUCCCUUCCGGGAGACCUCAAGACCGAAUUAGAGGGAAAUUGCAGCAGUGAGAUAAUGUGAAAUACCAAGGACAGGCAAGUCCCUAUGGGCAGGUGAUGAAAACCAGUGAUGACAGUGAAAGCAAGCAUAGAAAACGGUGACGAAGGGUUACAAGUACCUUGUUUCCUAACCGCUAAUUCACUGCGACAAGGUGGUCACCAGAUGUGUCACUCAGAUAUCCAUGGAAAUACAAAAUAUCCUUAAACUAUGUGAACAAAUUCCCAGUAGAAAAGUAUAAACAAGGCACUUACAAAUCAAAAAUUUCUUUUUACCACCAACUCUUUCUCCUUGCAGAGGAGGUGAUCACUGUUAGCGGGUUAAUGUAUUUCCUUCAAGACUCUUACAGUGCGUGUGUCUAUAGGGUCCUGACAAAUGGCCCUCAAAGCUCCACCACCCCAUUCCACUAACAGCAUGGAGUACACCCUCCCCAACACUGGUCUUCAAUUGUACGGUGAUCCAGAAAUUCUGGAUCUUCUCAAGACUUGUGUUUGUUUUUUUUAAAUUUUAAUUGCAUAAUAAUUGUACAUAUAUGAGAUUCAGCAUAAUUUGACGCAUGCAUAUAAUGUGCAAUAAUCAGGAUAAUUAACAAUUUAUACAUUUCUUUGUGAUGGGAACCUUGGCAAUCCUCCCUUCUAUUUCUUCAUAAAAAUGUAUAGUAGGUUGUGAAGAAUCGUCAUCCUACUGGCUACAGAGUAUUCUGGUAUUCUGUCCAAGCCCUCUCCUCCCUGCUCCCUUCCUCAACUCUAGUAACUACUAUUCUACUUUGCACUUCUGUGAUGUCAACUUUUUUGGCUUGCACAUAGGAGUGACCAAAUGGGAUAUUAAUCCCCUGAACUAAUGUCCUGCUGUUGAUAAAUUGGGACUCACAGGUUGGUGGGGGGGAGCGGGGGUGUCAGUUUGGGUUGGGAGAGCUGGUUUCCAGUUUUCCUAGUAUCAUUUAAGAUGCAUCCAUAAGUAGGUGGCUUUACCUUUCUUUUUAGUACAGGGGAUCUAAGCAGGGACAAUUUACCACUGAGCCACAUAUCCCCAGCCCUUUUUAUAUUUUAGUUUGAGACAAGGUCUUGCUGACUUACUGGUACUGGUGGCUUUACCUUUCUGAAUGUGUCUCUUCAACUAAAAUGAGAGAAUUUAUUUAGUCAGAUCUCUAAAGCCAGUAAGCCAUUUCUCAUGAAAAGGAGGACAGUAAAACACCAUCCCCAUCUCUGUUCUCAAGAACCGAGCCAACUGAAGGGGAUGGGAAAAGCAAGCCUGGUGCAGUUUUCCAGAUAAAUAUUAUCUUGAAAGACACUAGCUCGCUCACGUGUGCUGGGAAUGAGGGCAAAUUGGUGCUGUCUGCAGAAAGCUGCUUCUUGCACGCAUAGCAGGACUGCUGCUCACACAGGGAACAAAGCAAAUUGAUGACAUCACUGCGCCUGUGGCCUAGCUUAUAAAACCCUACCCCUGUGGACCCUCGUGUGGAGUUGAGGACACAGUGUACAGGAUGAGUAGCUCUUUUCCAGCUGCCCACCACUGAACAGGGUGCCAUCCAGGAUGGGAGCACUAUUUCUGGCGUUCACCGGGACACCAGAGGUGCUACUUGUCUGUCCUGUCACCACUGGACUUUCUGGAGCGGCAUCACGAGGCAUGCUGGUGCUGUCCGGACCUUCCCAUGUCUUUCAGUAAAUCCUGACUCACAAUC